AUGGCUACAACCGUCUACGUUAAGAACAUCGCGGCGCAGACUGACGAUAAGGAGGUUAAGGACUUCUUUAGCUUCUGUGGCAAGAUCACCAGCCUAGACGUGACAAGCGAGGGCGGCAGCAAGAGCGCGACGGUGACAUUUGAGAAGCCGACGGCGGCCAAGACGGCGCUGUUGCUCAACAACACCAAGCUGGGCGACCAGGAGAUCCACGUGUCGGGGAGCGAGGACGGCGAGGACGAGACGUCAUCGGCUUCCAAGGACAACGCGGACCGCGACACGGACGAGCUCACGCAGGAAGAGAAGCCGCGCACGCGCAUCUUGGCCGAGUACCUAGCGCACGGGUACCUAGUGGCGGACACAGGCCUGCAGACAGCCAUCUCGCUCGACGAGAAGCACGGCGUGUCGCAGAAGUUCCUCGGCACGCUGCAGAACCUCGACUCCAAGUACCACGCCACAGACCGGGCGCGCGCCGCCGACCAGGGCUACGGCAUCACGACGCGCGCCAACUCACUGCUGACGGGCCUGGGGUCCUACUUUGAGAAGGCGGCCCACACGCCCACAGGCAAACGCAUCGUCGACUUCUACACGGCCGGCACCCGCCAGGUUGCCGACAUUCACAACGAGGCCAAGCGCCUCGCCGACCUCAAGAAGCAGGAGGCCGGCGGCAGCGCCUACAAGGCCGCCGGCCUUGAGCGCGUCUUUGGCAAGGAGAAGCCCGCGUCCCCCGACGGCUCCGCUGCUUCCGGCGCUGCCCCUGCCGAUGCCGCUGCCACCGAGUCGGCACAGCAGCCGAUCGCGCCCUCUGGGUUCGGCGCGCCCACCCAGCUGCCCAAGGUCUAA